AUGGAGCCGGUAGGUUUUGCAGUCGGCAUGGUGGGGCUAGUUGGUUUAUUCAAUACCUGCUUGGACAUUCUCGACAAGUUUGAAUCGUGGAAGGACUAUGGGAGCGAGUCUCGCGCCUUGACGGCUCAGUUCAGCGCUCACAAGAUUCAGUUGGAGCGAUGGGGCCAGGCCGUUGGGCUUGGACCUGAUGGGCUAUCGGAUCAACAUGACAAGUUUCUCGAUGAUCCGCAGAUACUAUCAACGGUCGAAGAACUUCUCUCGGCCAUCAGAGAUAUUUGCCGCUACCAGGAAGAAACUGAUUCAAAAUCCAAGCCGGCGUUUGACGGGCACACUCAUUCCCUGGCUCCCCUCGAAUCUAAACGACAGAAGCUCAAAUGGGCAUUACGAGACAAGGCAAAGCGAGCCACACAAGUCGAGCAAUUCUCAUCGAUUGUGCAAACAUUGCAUGCAUUGGUUCCCAUAAAAGAUGGAGGCUGUAGCGUGAUGUCGAAUCACGGAGAGCUCAACGAUUGCGAUGAAACCUUUGGGCAUUUAAAUGCUGCUUACCUGGCUCCAGGGGGCUGUAUCGCUGAAUUUGAACGCGUUCUGCGCCGAAUAGAGAGCGAUAUUCAAGCCGAAACAAAACGAGAUUUGCAGACAUGGCUGCUAGGAAAUCAUCUCCCCAACGAUCGCUACGAGCAAUAUGUGGAAAACAGAAUGGUCAGCACCUGCGAAUGGGUUAUGGAUCGGGAUUGGUUUCAAGAGUGGUAUUCGUCUUCGUUUCCAAAUGGAAAUUCCAAAUUUCUUUGGAUCAAUGGCCCGGCCGGGUUUGGAAAGUCCGUCUUAUGUAUGAAGGUCAUCGACUACUUGUCCUCCAUGUCGGACGCACCGGUCGCUAGUUUCUUUUUCUCUUCCGACAUUGAAAGAGAAGAUCCCUAUGUGGCAAUAAGAUCAUGGGUAUCUCAAGUGAUGUCUCAACCUGCGGCGUUCUCUUUGGUUCGAGAACGAUGGGAGGCCCAGGAAAGACAAAAAGCGACACGGGGAGACGUUGUCAGCCUUCUACGGGAUAUCGUAAAAUCUAUCCCAGGGUGCACCUUCAUCUUAGAUGGACUGGACGAAUGCAUCUGGCAGAAUGGGAAUAAGACGACUGGUCAUGAUGACCUGAUUCCUGGCUUUAUAGAGGCGCUGAUGCAAGCUACUGCAGAUGCCGCUGCUCGUGUUAUGAUCGUCAGCCGCGAUGAGCCCGAAAUUCGUACCUGCCUUCAUGACCAAUCGCAUGGUGCCUCGCUUUUCGAGCACAAGAUCACGCCCGAUGACGUCCAAUCCGAUGUCUUGUCUUACUCACAAAAGCUUGUCCACGAUGAACUCAGGAAGAGCACUGCUGCAGCUAAAGAAAGCCUGAGUCAAAAGCUGGCAGAUCGGUGCAACGGCACUAUAUAUCUGUUGUACGAUUUUAAUGUCACUUAUGGUAUCUUUAGUUCUAUCAAGAAUUUGUGGUUAGACUAUUUUUAG